CCCUCAUAACUCUCUAGAUAAUUUAAUAGCCCCACUGUUUUUUUUUUUUUUUUUUAAAAAAAAAGAAUUAAAAGUAUUUCUCCGCCCCGGCUACAUCGAACCCUACCUUUUCUAUAAAAUCCGCAGCCAACAACGGUGUUAGCCUUCCUUUCUCUUCGCCUGUAUGUUGGUGCAUGCACCAAUUCUAACGUUUCUGUCCUCCCAAUACUCUCCUUCUCUUCGUUUCUUUAGCGUGUCGCAAGCCAAGUCUUCCCUUUUCAGUCUCUCUCUCUAUUAUCUGUCUUCAGAUCUAGAGUUUCGGAUCCGAGUUUUGGGUUACUUCUUCUUCUUCUUCUUCUGUUUUCUUUCUUGAUAAUCUAGGUAUCGAAUAUUAGGGUUCUUUAAGAAGUACCAAUGUUUUUAGAAUUUUUAUGACUUACUCUAUCCUCAUGCGACGAAUUCGAAUUCUCCACUCUUUCUCGGUUGUGUUUCUCUACUGGUUCUAUGUGUUCUCAUGAGUUAAAUUAAAUCAAAUAUCUCUGCUAAUCCUGUUUGCUUUUUAGAUCUUGAUCCCUGAUUCUUCAUCUAAUCUAAUUACAACCGAAGGUAUUGAAUUUAUUUGAUUAAACUAGUGAUAAUUUUAUCGAAGAAUCUAGAAAUUGUAAAAAAAAAAUGUCUGCAAGGCAAGCAGCGAGCUCAGGAUCGGACAACGAUCCACGAUAUGCGAACGUCGAUGAGAGGAAAAGGAAGAGGAUGAUAUCCAACAGGGAUUCUGCGAGGCGGUCUAGGAUGAGGAAGCAGAAACAAAUGGAGGAUUUGGUUAAUGAAGUGAGCAAAUUGCAGAACGAGAACAAUCAAUUGAUGCAGGGUAUCAAUGUUGCCCAACAACGCUACUUGGAGAUGGAAUCAGCCAACAAUGUUCUGAGGGCUCAAGCUAUGGAAUUGACUGAGAGGCUGCGGUCGUUGAACUCUGUGCUGCAGAUUGUGGAGGAUGUUAGCGGACUCCCCGUGGAGAUACCUGAAAUACCUGAUCCUUUGUUCAAGCCGUGGGCAUCUCCCGUGUUCAGUACAGCCUAUUAUGACAUCUGCUGAUUUUUUUCAGCAUUGAUGAAUGUGAGCUUGUUCGGUGCUUUGCUGGGAGAUUGUGUUUCUUGCUGGGCUCUUGUUUUUGUCAAUCUGGGUCUUUAUAUUAUGUAGUUUAGGUCGCAGGUUGAUGCUGGGAUUGCGUGGAUGUGUUUUGAUGGGGGUGUGGUUUGGUCGGAGUUGUGAUGUUACGUGUCCUGUUUGAAUUUCUAUCUGCGUUUUUGACGAGUCAGUUUCCAAUCCGUGGCGUUUUCUUCACUGCUA